ACCCCUUCUCUCUCUCUCUCUCUCUCUCUCUCUCUGCACUCGCUGCUCAUAAAACCCAUUAUUACUCCAUCACAGACCACGCACAUCCUCUUCUCAGACGCACUCCUCCUACAUUUUUAAUUUAUAGUUUGUACAAAGGAAAAAAGAGACACAUGGGUGUGUUCUUUCUUUCGCUCUGUCUCCUUCUCGUCAUUUCCUCCACCGUCGUCAACUCCUGCCCGGCGUCUGACCUGCAGGCCUUAUUAGCCUUCAAGUCCUCAUUAAAAGAACCAUACUUGGGCAUCUUCACUACAUGGGAAGGGACCAAUUGCUGCUCCAACUGGUACGGCAUUAGCUGCGACCCUACCACCGGCAGAGUUGCCGACAUCAACCUCCGCGGUGAAUCCGAAGACCCCAUCUUCGAAAAGGCCGGCCGUUCUGGUUACAUGACCGGUUCCAUCAACCCUUCAAUAUGUAAACUCGAUCGUCUCACCACUUUAAUCAUCGCAGACUGGAAAGGUAUAUCCGGUGAGAUCCCGGAAUGCGUAGUUUCUUUGAAGUCACUUCGAAUUCUUGAUCUUGUUGGGAAUAAAAUCUUCGGCGGGAUCCCCACGGAGAUCGGAAACCUCCAGAGACUCACCGUCAUAAACCUAGCUGACAAUGAGAUCUCUGGAAAGAUUCCAGCUUCCAUAACCAAGUUGGGGAAUCUCAAGCAUUUGGAUUUAAGAAACAACCAAGUUUCCGGUGAGUUACCAGCCGAUUUCGGUAGCUUAAAAAUGCUGAGUCGAGCUUUACUGAGUCGAAACCAACUCACUGGCUCAAUACCCAGCUCCAUAUCCAACAUGCAUCGCCUUGCAGACCUGGAUUUAUCCAUGAACCAGAUUUCGGGUUGGCUACCUUCCUGGUUAGGGAACAUGCCGGUUCUCUCUACACUCAACUUGGAUAGUAACAUGAUAUCGGGCGAAAUACCGUCUUCUUUAUUGAGCUGUACCGGUUUGGGUAUCUUGAAUCUUAGCCGAAACUCUCUAGAGGGAAAAAUACCAGAUGUUUUCGGUGCAAAAUCUUAUUUCAUGGCACUUGAUUUAUCAUACAACAAUUUGAAGGGUCCGAUACCCGGUUCUUUAUCUUCAGCAAAAUAUAUCGGGCAUUUGGAUUUGAGCCAUAACCAUUUAUGUGGGCCCAUUCCGGCGGGAUCACCGUUCGAUCAGCAAGAAUCGUCCUCCUUUUCUAACAAUGAUUGUCUUUGUGGAAACCCGUUGAGGACUUGCUAAUGCGUAUCGGCCGACAACAGCAAAUAACGGUUUGAUUAAGAAGUGUCAAGUGUUUUUAAGGUGACAGUGAUUGAGUGAUUUGUGGGAUUUAUAGAUUUGAUUAAUGUUAAUUUAAUGUAAUAGUAUGAAUAGACUUGUGAGUUAAUUACAAGUCGAAAUGGACAAAGAUUAGGCUGUUGCAUGCA